UGUGCGUGGUUGGUUUGGGGGGGAGAGAGAGAAGGGUCCAUUUUCAGACUUGGACUUUUCAGAUUGGAAAGGGAGGUCGAGAUCAAGGAUGUGCAUUUCUUUAUGUGCGGGGAGGUAGGGAUGCAGCGAGGAUGCGAGGACUCCCUGCCUCUUCUCCCUCUCCCCCCCCACUCUUCCUUUACACCCCUCCCACUUCUCUCGGCACCCCCUGCGAACUCCAAAGAGCCAAACUGCAGGCUUACUUAGGGGUCAGUUGUUGCACAGGGCUCGGAGAAAGCAACUGGCUUAAGACUUCUCUGUGGCUUUCUCUCUUUCUCUCCCCCCCCCCCAACCUUCACUCUCCCAAUUCCUCUUCUCGGUUCCUGAGAUCUCUCGGCCUUUUUCCCUCUCUCUCUCCCCCCCCUUCCCUCCAGUCAGUCGCCAUUUCUGGAGGGUUACUUACCACCCCCCUCUUUUAUUUUUAACCCCCUCUUAAGGGUUGCAUUUUAGCAGCUCGGUGGACUACAAUGUCUUCUUUUAAACCCCCCCCCCCAACCAGUCUCCCUCUUCCUCGCUCGCUCUCUUUGAUGGGGGGAACUGGAGAAUAUAACAGCCGGGCUUGGAAUUUCUGCACGCGUUCAGAGAGAAGACUCUGAAGAAUCCCCUGCUGACUUGAGAAAGAAAAGAGAGAGGGAGAGAGACAACACACAUACAGAUUACUGAGGAACUUAAAAAGAAAAAGUCCUGCCAGAAGGGACUCCUGGAACCAUGAGCAGUGCAGCAUUACUGACUCACCUCCCAGACCCCAGCAGCAGCUUCAGAGAAGAUGCCCCACGCCCCCCUGUACCAGGGGAAGAAGGAGAGACACCAUGCCACCUGGCUGCCACUUUGUUUGCCAUGAAAAACCAAAGCUUCAAGGCCAUGUCAGUUUCUUCCACGCCAAGGAGGAAUGAAGAUGGCCUUGGGGAGCCAGAAGGCAGCGCAUUCCCGGACUCUCCUCUAGCACGAUGGACCAAAUCCUUGCAUUCCUUACUGGGGGAUCAAGAUGGUGCCUAUCUCUUCCGGACCUUCCUGGAAAGAGAAAAAUGUGUGGAUACUUUGGACUUCUGGUUUGCCUGCAAUGGGUUCAGGCAGAUGGACCUUAAGGAUACCAAAACUUUACGAGUAGCCAAAGCUAUAUACAAACGGUACAUUGAGAACAACAGCAUUGUCUCCAAACAGCUCAAGCCUGCCACCAAGACCUACAUAAGGGAUAAUAUCAAAAAGCAGCAGAUCGAUUCUAUAAUGUUUGAUCAGGCACAGACUGAGAUUCAGACAGUGAUGGAGGAAAAUGCUUACCAGAUGUUUUUAACUUCUGAUGUAUACCUCGAAUAUGUAAGGAGUGGGGGAGAAAAUCCUGCUUACAUCAACAGCAAUGGACUGGGGAGCUUAAAAGUUGACUGUGGCUAUCUCCCUACCUUGAAUGAAGAAGAGGAAUGGAGCUGUGCAGACUUUAAGAACAAACUUUUGCCAUCCGUGCUAGGACUAUCCAGUAAGGCAUUGAGGGCUACAGCAAGUGUCCGAGCUACAGAAAUUGUGGAGAAUGGGUUCAGGUCCUUUAAGAGGAACGAUCCUGUUAACCCUUACCAUGUGAACUCUGGCUAUGUCUUUGCUCCUGCCACCAGUGCAAAUGAUAGCGAAAUAUCUAGUGAUGCUCUGACUGAUGACUCCAUGUCUAUGACGGACAGUAGCGUUGAUGGGAUCCCUCCAUACAGACUCGGGAGCAAAAAGCAACUCCAGCGGGAAAUGCAUCGGAGCGUCAAGGCCAACGGUCAAGUUUCUCUACCUCACUUUCCACGAACCCACCGCCUUCCUAAGGAAAUGACCCCCGUGGAACCGGCCACCUUCGCAGCCGAGCUCAUCUCUCGGCUGGAGAAGCUCAAGCGGGAGCAAGAGACCAUGGACUGCUUGGAAGAGAGGCUGCAGCAAAUCACAGAGGAUGAAGAGAAGGAGGGAUCUGACGCACUUGCGGGCGCACCACCUGGCCGAGAGGUUGGGGCCAAUCAGCACCCGCAGCACCCCCUUGCUCUCUUGCCCUCCGGCAGCUACGAGGACGACCCUCAGGCAAUCCUAGACGACCACCUCUCCCGAGUGCUGAAGACCCCGGGGUGCCAGUCGCCUGGCGUGGGCCGGCACAGCCCUCGUGCACGCUCUCCGGACCGCCUCCCCGGGGGCAAGUUGCUCCUCACGCCGGGCACAGCCUCGAUCCCCACAGCCUGCGCCCUCGUUGGCAAAGGAUUUAUCACGAAGCAGACCACCAACCACGUCCACCACCACUACAUCCACCACCACACCAUUCCCAAGACGAAAGAGCAGAUAGAAGCGGAAGCUGCCCAGCGAGUCCAGUGUUUAUGUGCCGCUGGGGGCAGUGACUAUUAUUGCUACUCAAAGUGCAAGGGGCACUCCAAGGGGGUCGACCUCCCUAUGGCUCAGCUAGAGCCGUUUGGCCUCAGCCGAACCGGGACACUACCCAAAAGGAACUGUAAGCUACCAGAUGGCAUCAUCCUGCCAGGAGGGGAAGGAGGAGGGCUCUCCAUACCACCAGGAAUCCAGCUACCUGGAGGGGAGGCGGACCGCUCUCAGAAUGUCUGGCAGUGGAUGCUGGAGAGCGAAAGACAAUCUAAGCACAAACCCCAUAGCACACAAAGCACAAAGAAGGCCUACAAUUUAGAGUCCACCAGAGGCAUGCCUGGUGAGCGCCCAGCCCGUCACCACCUCUGGGGGAGCAGUAGCCACCCACGCGGUGCACAGCCCGCCCACCCUUUCGUCCAGGACCCCGCCAUGCCCCCUCUGACGCCGCCUAACACUCUGGCCCAGCUGGAGGAAGCUUGCCGCAGGCUAGCAGAAGUGUCCAAGCCACAGAAACAACGAUGUUCAGCUUCGAGUCAGCCCAGGGAUCGCAACAACUUGACUUCUGUACCAGGAGGAAACAGUCCUUUCUGCAAUGCAAGCGUAGCGGCAGAAGAUCACAAAGAACCAAAGAAACUCCCUGUUGCUCACUCUUCCCAGCCUAGUGACUUGGUUGUCACUUAUUUUUUCUGUGGAGAGGAAAUUCCCUAUAGGAGGAUGUUAAAGGCCCAGAGCCUAACACUUGGGCACUUUAAAGAGCAGCUGAGCAAGAAAGGAAAUUAUAGGUAUUACUUCAAGAAGGCAAGCAAAGAGUUUGACUGCGGUGCAGUUUUUGAAGAAAUCUGGAACGACGACACUGUUCUGCCAAUGUACGAAGGAAGAGUCCUUGGGAAAGUGGAGAGGAUUGACUGAUAGAUUGACUGGCUGGCAUUGUCUGUGUGAGUGUGUUUUAAGGAGACAUAAGCUAAAAGACGCUGGCUUUUGGACAAAACCACCAAACAAAGCUUUUGAAGGAAGUUUGGAACCAAUGAAGAAAAAGCAACACAGACAAACUAAGGUCUAUGAAGACUUUGCCAAAUCAGCCUUACUUUUUUUUUAAUUAAAAAAAGGUGUCUGUUGAGCUGGGUGCAAGGAUGUUAACAACCCCGAACUAUUUAUUGAAAACAUGACCACUCUGGGUUAUUGAAGAUGCAGACCAUGUUUUGAAAGACUUCCAUAUAUAAUAUAUGGCUUCCUGGGGAUCCCAAACCUUAUGGACUAAGAGAAACUGUGUACAGCUUACCUUACAGUAAUCCUUAUUGAUAUUUAUUGAACAGUCUGGUUUUUUCCCUUAAGUCCAGUUUAUGGACAUGCUGCUUUAAACAAUGGAGAGAAGAGAAGAUGUGAUAUGGAAAAAGGGGUGGUUUUAUAUUUUUAUUAUUUACUUUGUUUCCACUAUCUAAAUCAUUAGAGUUUUGUCUUUUAUUAAGAAGAAAAGAAAAGUGAAUUCAUUUCUGCCACCUUAGAAAAUAAGCUGGAACCAUGUUCUGUCCAGCAUUAUUCCUCCAGCUGUUUUUUCUUGGAGGAAAAGGGGAGGAAGAGGGAAUAUUGUCUUACACAUUUACUCUUCUAAAAAUUGGUAGAUUUUGAAUCAAUGCUGCUCUGUUUGUUAGGUCUGGUUCAGAUAUACAAUACUCGGUUGCCUAUCCGUGGUUAGGAGAUCAGGAUCACCCCAUAGACCGUUACAUUCUUUGUCCUGCUUCCUUUCCCCACAAAUCCUCUUUUGGGUAUAACCACAGUAAAGGUAAAAGGUAAAUGACCCCUGGAUGGUGAAGUCUAGUCAAAGGCAACUAUGGGGUGUGGUGCUCAUCUGCAGACAGCUUUCCGAGUCUUGUGGCCAGCAUGCUUCUGGCACAGCAAAACACUGAUGGAAGCCAGAGCGCACGGAAACACCAUUUACCUUCCCACUGCAGUGGUACCUAUUUAUCUACUUGUGCUGGUAUGCUUUCAAACUUCUAGGUUGGCAGAAGGUGGGACAGAGCAAUGGGAGCUCAUCCCAUCGCCGGGAUUUGAACCACCGACCUUCCGAUCAGCAAGCCCAAGAGGCUCAGUGGUUUAGACCACAAUGCCACCCACGUAACCACGGUGCAGGGUUAUAUCUGCCUUGAUGGUAAGACUAGCUGUGGUUAUGUUUAGCAGAGUUUACUCAAGCCUGCUUCCAAUCAUGGUUGCGAAGUUUGGUUUGAAGCUCACCAUGGCUACCAUUAAUGAUGGUCCAAAGGAAUGCUGCACCUUGAUGAGCUUGGGGAAAAUUCACUGCAGGAGAGGGCGAAGAAUGAAUACAAGCCCAUAGGUGUUCCUGAUCCCCCUAACCAUGGGCAGAUUGAGAAUGUUGGCUCUGCACCAGACCUAGCAGUGUUCUCAUGGGAUAAAUAUAACAGCUACAGGGGGUAAUUAACAAUACAUGGGUCUUGUCAGUCAGUUUCUGUGGUAAGAAUAUACAGUUGUCUGUAUUUUUGUAGCAUUGCAGUAUGCAAUGCAUUGCAUUGCUUCCAGUGUCUUCAGCAAAGCAUUCUAUAGCACAGCCAUCCCCAGACCGGCCCUCCAGAUGUUUUGGACUACAAUUCCCAUCAUCCCUGACCACUGGUCCUGUUAGCUAGGGAUCAUGGGAGUUGUAGGCCAAAACAUCUGGAGGGCCGCAAUUUGGGGAUGCCUGCUAUAGCAAGUCCCCAAGUGCAGAAUUAUGAAGUUAAUGCAGACCCAAAUGGUUCAUAUAGUCCAGUUUUAUGAAAAGCGGUACAUGAAACGAUCCAGUUCACAUAAACACCAGUUUAGCCAGAUCACACACACACACACACACACACACACACACACACACACACACACACACAAACACUUUGGUCUCCAGCUGUUUUUGGACUACAGUUCCCAUCAUCCCUGACCACAGCUGCUAGCUAGGGAUGAUGGGAUUUGUAGUCCAAAAACAGCUGGAGACCUAAGUUUGGGAAACCCUGAAUAGAAUGCUUUUCAACAAAAUCAGUGAUGCUUUUUUAUUUAUUUAUUUGAAGAAAUGUAGCCACAUUUUCGGUAGUGGUACUUUUCUGUAUGGUAAACUAUAUUUAAUCGGCCAAACCGUCAAAGUGUAUGGCGCCCCAUCCCAUUCCAUUAUAGCAAAUGGAAGCUAUGAGCUGGUGCCCGGUUCAAUCCUGCGUAGCUUGCUUCCAACUUUCUAGAGGAUGAAAUUACGGCUCCCCAUAAUAAAAGAUUCCACUGAGCUACAUAAGGGCAACAGAGUCUCUCGCUUUGGGUGUGUCGUCGUUCAAACUAUCAAACACAUUCUCUAAUUGGAUUGUGUGUAUUGUGGCAAAAA